AUGUCAUCUUUCAUGUUCAGAAAGAGAGCAAGCAGUGGAUCCUGGGUGGUUCUCUGUCAAAACCCUGAAGCUAAAACCCAGUUUGUUCCCUAUUUACUAUUAUCCACUCUAUCUGAACCCCAACCCACUACACUGAAUAAACCCUCAAAGCCUCAAAAUUUAUCAAAUUCAAUUGAAAACAAGAGGAUUUUGGAUUCUGGGUCGUCCUCGUUUUCGCUUAAAACCUCAAAAACCCUACUCGGGUCUGUCCACAAUCACACCUUUUCACGUAAUAUCUUUCUUUCAGGCUCCAAGCCUCUGGCUUUAAGCGCUGCUUCCGGGAAAAAUAUCACUGGGUCUCAUUGUAGUCCCCCGUCUUCAAUCUCAUUUGGUUCACAAAGGCGUGGUAUUUGGCAUUUGAGCACAGAAAACAAGGUUUUGGCUUCUGGGUGUGGUGUUUUGGUGCUUCCAAUGGUGAAAAGUUUAUAUUCGUCUCGUGGUGGUCUAGCGCCUUGCAGCUUGGUUUGCUUGUUUGCUACUCAGGCUGCUAUGGAGCCGUCGACCUGUGAUGGGCUUACAGUUGAUCGAAUCAUUGCUAGUGAGUGGCCAAUUCUGGAUGAGGAAGAGAGUGAUUGGAAGAGUCACGCUGCUGCAAUUGCCCAAUCCAUUCAUCUAAUUAAGAAACGUUUGCAGUGGAAGAAGUUGAUGGUUAGGUUGGAUCUGUUAUCAGCGGAGGUGAAUAAACCAGACCUUUGGAAUGAUCCUGUACAUGCAGGGAAGAUAAGCCGUGAGCAUGGUUCACUUAUGGGUAAAAUGAAAGAAGUGAAGGCAUUUGAGCGGGAAUUGCUUGAGCAUAUAGACAUGGUAAAGCUUGCCCGUGAAGAGAAUGAUGGAGAGCUGGAAUCGGAAUCCAUGAACGCUUUGCUUAAAAUGAGAAUAGCUUCAAAGGAGAAGGAGACUGAAGCGUUGUUAGCUGGGGAGCAGGAUCCUUGCUCAUGUUACAUAGAGGUUCAAGCAGGAGCUGGGGGUACAGAGAGCAAUGACUGGGCAGCAAUGGUCAUGCAGAUGUAUAAAAUGUGGGCUCAACAACGUGGAUAUAAAUAUCUGUGGUGGAUGAAAUGCCUGGUGAGAUUGCGGGAAUCAAGUAAAGUAGAAGAAAUGAGCAUAUCGCAAGCAUGUGCCAAUCCACCCUCCCACAGACAUAUUGCACGGGCAACAAUUAAAGUUGAUGGUGAGUAUGCUUUUGGAUAUGCCAAAGCAGAAGUAGGAGUGCACAGGUUGGUACGGAUCUCACCUUUUGACAGUAGUAAGCGCAGGCAUACUUCUUUUGCUGCUGUUGCUGUGACUCCAAUCAAUGAAGACGCGUCUGCUCAUGUACAAAUUAAUGAAUCUGAUCUGCGCAUUGAGCGAUUUCGUUCUGGGGGACCUGGAGGCCAGCACGCUAAUACAACUGAUAGUGCUGUGAGGAUUGUUCAUGUUCCUACAGGAAUUACUGCUACUAGUCAAAAUGAGAGAUCACAGCAUAUGAAUAAAGCUUCAGCAAUGGCUGUUCUUCAGUCACGACUAGACCAGCUUGAGAUGGCACGCCAGACUCAGAUGAAUGCACAGUAUUCACAAUCUCUUACUGACAUAACCUGGGGCAGCCAGAUACGUAGCUACGUGCUCCAUCCAUACCGGAUGGUGAAAGAUCUUCGAACAAACUACGAAGUCUCAGAUCCCGAUUCUGUCCUUGAGGGAGAUCUAGAUGGCUUCAUCAUGAGUUAUUUAUCAGCUUCCUUGGAUAAAGAUGAAGAUGACCGCUAA